AUGCCCGCCUACCCGCAUUCCCGCCGCCGCCGCCGCCUGCCUCACAGAUUCACAGCUCGGCCAAUGUUUCCGUCCCUGGGCCAUUCCCAGCAAGCUUGA